GUUCACCUUGGCAACGAAGAAGUUUGUUUAGUUUUCACCAAUUUUCUUGCCCAUUGGGUAAAAGUUUUUCGAUGCAGCAGCAUGUCCAAAGCAACCACAAUUAAGGAGGCACUGAAGCGCUGGGAGGAGCGGGAGCAACAAAAUUCCCUGACGGCCAAGAACAUUGAUCUGCAGUUCCAGUGGCCGCCCAUCGAGAAAAUGGACAGCACAUUGGGUACGCUGGUGCAGUGCGAGAGAAUCAGCAUGUCCACUAAUAUGAUUGAAAAGAUAUUCGGUUUAUCGGGCAUGAAGUGCCUGAAGGUAUUGUCUUUAUCUCGUAACUACAUCAAACAGAUUUCAGGAUUGGAGGCUGUAGCUGAGACGCUGGAGGAGCUGUGGCUCAGCUAUAAUCUUAUAGAGAAAAUUAAAGGUUUGACAGGACUAAAAUGUCUAAAAGUUCUUUACAUAAGCAACAAUUUGAUCAAGGACUGGUCGGAGUUUAAUCGCUUGGCUGAGAUCGAGUCCCUCGAAGAUCUAGUGGUGGUGGGGAAUCCCCUAUCCGAAGGAUUAGACGAACCUUCUUGGAGGGCCGAGUGCAUCAAGAGGUUGCCCACCAUCCGUAAACUCGACGGCGAACCGGUCGUGCUGAAUGAGGAGCCACAGCUUUAAUGGCAUCAAGUUCAAGUUUUAUUAAGAGAAAAACAUUCUGAUAAGCUUUGAUAUAAUAGAAAACGGGUAACCAUAAAAUUAAUAUUAUUAUGAAAUCAUAAAAAAUUUGUACGGUAUUUCAAUGUUUUUUGAAUUGACGAAAUUUUAAAAGUGAAGAAACGGAAGAAGUACUGUUUCUCAAUAUAAACCUAACACUAUUCCAUGGUAAAAAUGAUACUUAAUAUGCUAGCCAUGGGAAUAUCAUAUUGAUUCUUUCACUUUUGUUUGUUAGGUACCUAAACUAAUGGUAACAGUAUAAUAAAUCGACCACA